GAAGCUCAUGGAUGCUGGUGCGCGUGCGUCUCUCACGUUACUUCCGAGUGGAUAACGAGGCCAGGAAAUGACAGACGUCGCCCCAACUCGGCGCCCCCAUCGUCAAGUUUGCGUCAACUGUCGCCAGUUUGCGACGCACCUCACGAAGUUUGGGGGGAAAAUGCUCAACACGGGCCUUUUUCUCCAGGGCCACAGCCAGUUGGAUUGAGUCUCUCGCCUUUGACGCGUCGCGGCGGUGUUGCCAUUUUAGCUUUCCGGAGCAGCAGGGCCGUGUGAGGUGAUUGCGGGGUAAAGAAGUGCUGUGCGUGUGUGAAAACACAGAGAGAGAGAGCGCGCGAGGAGCUGUGAGAAUAAAUUCCAGCGAGUUAUCAUUCCGACGCCCAUGUCAGUGAAAAUUAAGUAAAGUGCCCGUAUUGGAUUCCUAUCGUGCUGUGACGUCGUCUUUCGAGAAGCCCCAGCAUCUGUAGCCCCAGUGGAUGGUGUGAAAAUAGGAAGCCUCGGAUAUAAAGCCGCGACUGCAUUUGCUGAUCGCAUGUGGGGGUGACGCCGAGAUGGGUGAGGGGCUCGAACCGCUGCAUACAGAUACAUAUUGUCUGUUCUGGUCGCAGCCCCAGAUUCCGUCUCGUGAAGAUCUCUUCGAGCAAUCGAAGAUUGUAGACGAUUCAUCUAAUAAAUCACUGUGGCAUAAGGCAAUACAGUGUGUAGUAAAAGUCAGAGAAACAAAGGAUAUCUAUAAAUGGAGUUAUUGAGAUUUUCAUGCAAACACAGCAAAAUAAUGGAGUUUGGCUAGAGUAGUUGUCCAUCUCCCAAACUGGUGGCAAUGGAGCCGCCCAGCUCUGGCGUCGUACCGCCAGACAAAGACAAGGAGAAGCAGCAGAAUCUUCAGUCACCGCAGCCGGCUGCCCUCAGCUUUCCCACAAUCCAGAUAACAUCUGUCGGUGGUGGCUCUUCCGUGGCAUCCUCUUCGGCUGCUACCACCUGCACUGUUGCCUCCUCCUCCGCACAGGGUGCAGGUGGCGGCGGUGGGGGUGGCACAACAGUUUCAUUGGCGGCAAGUCAGCAAACCCAAAACCUUGAGAAACUCUCCAGGCCUAUGGCAUUCGAUAAGAUGGAAGGUCUCGUUCGGGAAAUGCAGGAUACGGAGAAUGGUGUUCCGGUGCGUAGCCAGAAACUCUUCCUAACAUCCAUACCAUCUGCUUUUAUGGGCUACGAUCUGGUGGAGUGGCUAAUGGAGCGUUUGGGCAUUGAGGAAUCCGAAGCACUCAACAUUGCCAAUCAGCUCUGCCUCCAUGGGUACUUCUUCCCCGUAAAUGACUGCAAGACGCUGGUGGUGAAGGAUGACUCAUCGCUGUAUCGCUUCCAAACCCCCUACUACUGGCCAUGGCAGCACAAGGCACCGGACAAUGUGGAGUAUGCCAUCUACCUGGAGAAGAGAUCAAUGCGCAAUAAGCAACGGCACGGCCUAGAGGAUUACGAGAGUGAGGCAUUGAGUAGCUUGCACAAGAAUCUCAAGGGGAAAUGGGACAUUAUAAAGAUGCAGGCUGAGGAGCAAGUGAAGCUGGCCAAGGAGCGCAAGAAGGGUGAUAAGAUUGUGGGGGAUUCCCAAGAGAGGGCCUACUGGCGUGUCCAUCGACCACCACCGGGGCAAUUCACACCCCUGGAACCAUGUCCAGUACCAUCGCGGGAUCGUCAAGGAAGACCACGGCGUCGCAGUGCUGACGACUGGCAGCGCGAAGUGGACUUCCUGUCGGCCUCAUUGGGGCGCACACGAAUGAAAAUGUCCCAAGCAUGCGAGAGUCUCGUGCAGUAUCAUGAGAUCUUUGCCGAAUACGAUCCCCUAAUGCAGCCGGCACUACCCUCAAAUCCCUGGGUGUCGGAGGAUAUAACAUUUUGGCAGCUAAAUAAUGCCCUCGUUGAAAUUCCCACGGAGAAACGCGUUAAGCGCUGGAGUAUAUCCAUCGAAGAGCUCGUAUCUGAUCCCACUGGCCUCAUUGAAUUCACGGCGUACCUCAAGAAGGAGUACUCCCACGAAAAUAUCCGCUUCUGGCUGGCUGUCAAUGAUCUCCGACGAUCUGCACAUUCCCAAAUUGCUCGCAAAGUCAGAGAAAUCUAUGAGGAAUUCCUCGAGCCCGGUGCACCGUGUGAAAUAAAUAUUGAUAGCAAGACGAUGGAGAAGGUGCAGGUGGGCCUGAAGAAUCCCUCGAGAUUCACCUUUGAUGCAGCAGCUGAGCACAUUUAUGCACUCCUCCUCAAGAAAGACUGCUACCCACGCUUUGUCCGAUCCGAACACUAUAAAUCUCUUCUCGCCAGCGGCAUCCAGCCCUCGCACAAGAAACGCUUCUUCGGCUUUGGUGGUGUGGCCAAAAAGAAACCCUCCACAGCUGUAGCCCCGAAUUCUGGUCUUCUGACACAGGGUUCGGGGUCAGGUGUGACGAAUCCACAGGGUACCCUGGGUCGACGACGUGGCAGCGAUAGGAGUCUAUCGGGAUCAGCUCAUGAAUUAGCCGUGUCCGGUGUGAAAGAUGCUUCCGGAAAAGUGCCACAUUCACAUAGUCAGAGCAAUUUGAGUGACAUUCCCUACAGGGGUGAUAUGCCAUCAGGUGGGUUGGUUAUACCUGUUAUAGCGGAGCAAUCGGAAGUCCCAAACAAAGUUGCCCCCACACUCCCCCCAGGAGGAUUCAAUCAGAAAACGAAAAUUCAAGAGCCACCCACACUUGAGGCAUCCAUUGAAGCCCCUAGUUCGGCAGUUUGCCCAUGGGAUUCAGAACCAUCUGUGGAGCCACCUGUGUCCGUGUCUGUCUGUCCAUGGGAUGAGGAAGGUGCGACGGUUCCAUCAAGUAAAUCAGGAACCAGACCGAAAGUGCCAUCGCAAUUGGAAAUCAGGAAUACGUCCAGUGAAAUUACAGAAGUUUCCGAGAGAAUGAGACGCUCCUGUGGCCUCAGGCAAAAUACACUUGAUUCUGAUUUUCACAGCACAAAGCGUCUCACGCCAGCUGUUACUGAACAGAGAAGAGCUUCAGUUACUAUUGCACCUAGACUCUCAGAUUUACAAUUUUCCACACGUCAGUCCUCCCUGGGCGCUGGAAUCUCAGGGAUUUUCGCAUCUGCCCCACUUCCAUUCACCGACCAUCGCUACAGUGCAUCCCAACUUUCGCUAAGCACUGCAAGUUCAGAGGAGAAAGAUCAGACAAAGGAAGGUAAGGGUACAACCAAGCAGAAGCCCAUCUAUGAGGAAACAAAAGGUGCUGGUGGUGGUUCUCGAAGGACUUCAAAGGAGAGCGUGGGUGUGGUGGAAGAGAAGAGCCCAAAAUCACCGGUAGUGCGUAGCACGGAAUCCCUUUCAAAGGGUUCCAAGGAGAGCGGCACAGCAGGAGGUGCUCCCACCACACCGGCAACCAUUCCCGAGGAUACCCCAAAAUCCCAGGGAGUCACGCCCACAAUUAGUGUCUGUUCAAUUCAGGAAACAGAUCCACCAGGCACCAGCGUGACGACCACUGAGCCCACGGGCAUUGUCAAAAAAUCCACUAGCUUCCAACUUGUGAAAGAAGUGGUUGAAGAGGAGGACGAUGAGAUUAUUAAAUGCACAUCCGCCGGUGAAGAGUCCACCGCGGGGAAGAUGUUGGAGAGUACAUCACCCACGGUGGAGGAGUAUGAGGAGUGCAUGGAAAAAUUCCCAAGGCACAGUGUACGUCAGGAAUCUUCGGAGGAUUUUGACUAUGACGAAAUGCCGGCCGAAGGAAGGGUAGCCCUGUUGCCGGGAUGUGUUGCUCCUGCCCCUACGCCAGCACCUUCAAUUGCACCCCUCGCUGAAGUGGAGCAGGAUACGCAGGAUGAAGAGCAGGAGGAUGAUGAGGGUGCAGGAGCAGUGGCUACGUCCACACCAUCGACUCCUGGGCCCGAGACUGCAACUGGACAGCACCGAAGGAGGCGCAAGAAGAGGGAUUCGGAGAAGCAGAGUGAUGAUAGCAAGGAAGAGAAGCAGGAUGAGGGAAAGCCAGAAGAUGAGGAUAAAAGGAACACAGUCUGUCCAUGGGAAGAUGAAGACAUGUCCGCAACUGUAGACGCUCCAUUUGUUAAAACUUAUGCCACACUUGGCUAUCUCUGAGUAAAAGGAGUUAUGUGUCUGAAGAGGAAAUGCAAUGAGAGGUAAAAAAAAAGAAUAAUAUGAAAGCCACACGAUAAACUUUGAAAGUGUUGUUAAACUGAUAUUUUAAACUCUAUAUUAAAUAGUAAAGAAAAAUGAAGAAAAAAACUUACAUCAUAGGCUUGUCUGUAACUUGUAUUAAUUAAAGAUGAAGAGAUGAAGUAAAACCAAAAGAUUACAUGAAACCUAUUGUUGUUUAGAUAAAAGUAUAAAAUGGAUUCUAAAACCCGCAUUAAAUAGUUAAAUAGAAAGAAAAAAAAAGAAAAGAGAAUGAAAAAUUAGAAAAUGUCCGUAAAAAAUUCAUUCUUUUCUCUGGGAUUUAAAAUAUUAAAGAAAAGAAAUAGGUGGAUGACCUUUUAGCACCACAACAGAGACACCCUGUGGGUAGGAUAUUGCGUGGUUGUAAUGGGGGAAAGUCAAGAGGAGGACUCGAACACUUCGAGAGGAUUUCUAUCAACGAGCAGUUCCCAGGUGAAUCUGAACAAUGAAUUUAUUCAAAUAUAUUUUAUUUCGUAAACAAAUUAUAUUAAAUAAAAUGAAUUUAUUGAAAUGAAUGGAGAAUUUGUUCCCUGCAAAAUAAAAUAAAUUGAAAAUUUAUUAGGAUUGUCCUUUUGGGGAUAUUGCAAUGUUAUCAAUAUUAGGUGAGAGUUCACAGAAAGAGCCCCAUAAUGUGCACCAACUUUCUAUUGUCACAUUUCAUUAGCUCCAAAUUUUCUUAAGCUUGGCUGCGGGUGAACAAAGAAAUGAAAGAAUAUUUUACUUGAAACAAAAAUAAGAAGAAAGGUCAAGAAAUUGCUUUAAAAAAAUGCUUGAAAAAACCAUUAAAAUGCCUUUAAUUUCUCUCAAGGAAGAAAAAUGAAGAAGAAAAGAAUAAAUGAUAGCGAAAAGUAAUAAUAUAAUUAAUCGAGAGUAAUAAAUGUUUACUAAAUAUUAUCUUAUAUUAUAGCAUAUGAUAACUAAAUAAAAAAAGAAGAAGUACAUUAAUAUCAGUGUUCUAUGAUAAAGAAAAUGGAAGAAAAAUCAACAAAUUUACUCACGCAGAUUCACAAAAAAAAAGAAUUUUUGGGAUGAAAAGAAAAUAAUUUUUGAUGCGAAAAAUCAGAAUUUUUGGGGGGAAACUUGAAUUGAAAAAUUCACAGAAUAUUCUUUGAAUGAAAAAAAAUUCCACUAAGAACACACAGAAAAAUAAUUCGGAUUUUUCACACAAUAAUCACCACCUACACAAAAUCACUAAACAUUUUUUAAUACAGGGAAGGAUGAACUUUCUUUCAACCUCAAAAAAAAAACAUUCUCAAGAAACACCCAAAGAAAAAGAAAUUCAAAACCUCAAAAAAAAUCAUUAAUUUGGAAGAAUUCUUUAAUGAAAAAAAAACUCGAAAUUAGAUUAAACUUUUCCAAAAAGAAAAAUACAAAAUAUUUAAAUGCGUAGAGAAUAAUGAAAAAAAACUAGUUAAUUGCUAAAUAAAUAUAUACAAAAAGAAAUAUUUAUGGUAAAUUAAUUAAAAAAAAGAAAAUUGAGGAAAUUCAAGGCAUGACAAAAAAAUAUUUUGGUUACGAUUUAAAAUUUAGGAGAUUUUUGAAUGACUUCCAGUCUUCGGUAUUCCCUCAAAAACUGCCCGUUUUUACAUCCUCUGGAUCCUGUGUGGAGUCCUCCCUCUUGAACCUCCUCCAUCACCUUCCCACAUAAACUACCCACAACGAUGUAUCGGCGUGGGGUCAUGCAAAAAGGUCAGCCAGAGAGCAUUAAAUGUCUGUUCAUCAAAAUAAUAGAAAACAAUUUAUUUACGCCAGAAAAAUAAAUCGUAAGUGUAGCUAUUUGUCUUAGCAAAAGAAUAAUAAAAAAGAGAGAACGUAUAUAAACAGAAAAAGAAAAUUUUAAUUUUAGCAAAAUAAACGUGUCAAAAAAUCCAAUGAAAACAUUUAAAAAAAAAGUUUUAUCUAUAACAAUAAAGAAGAAAAAAAUUCAUCUAAUCGUAAGAUAAUGAAAAAAAGAAAAUCUCUGUGCUCUAGAAAACCAAAAAAAAAAGAUAAUGAAAAAUGUGAAGAAAACUUGUGGAAAAAUAAACUGAUUUUUAAUAAAAAAAAAAAGUAAAUCUAGUGUAUUGAGAAAAAGGAAAAAAAUGUUGAAAUUUACUAGAAGAUUUUUUUUUAAUUUGUAAGCAUUUGCAUUAGAUGAAAUUAAUGAGAAUAUUUUGUGUAUUUCAGUAAUUAUAUAAUCACUGUGAAAUAAGUUUAAAAAAAUGAUAAAGAAAAUAUAUUUGAAGGCCUAUGUAGAGAAAAUGAUUCGUCACGGAUGGAAUGUUCGAAAAGAUUGAAGAAGAAAAAACUUUUUUAAAGAAAUGUGAAAAGAAUCUUAAGAAAAGAAAUUCCCACAACAUAACAACAACAACAAAAAACUAACCACCGUUUAAUUUACAGGCAAAAUUCAAACAAAAAAAAAGAAAUAUAUUUCUAAAAAGAAAAAUAAUAAUAAAAUGAAGAAAAUCAAUUAAAUGUGUAAAUAGGAAAAUCAUUAAUUCAUGAAGAAAAAAAAAGUAACUCCUUAAGCUGAGAAUUUGUUAGUGGAAAGAAAGAUGAUAAAUGAGGUAAAAAUUGCCAGUUUUUGUGCCGCUAAAAAAUAUUUAUUAAAACUAAAAACUAGAAACAUGAUAAAGAGUAAACAUUUUGAUUAAUUAUAUUGUUAUUUACGCACAAUUUUAUCAAUCUUUCUUAUUCCAUCCAUCCCUUAUCUCUCUCGCUCAUUUCGAAACCACAUAGAAUUGGAUAUAAUAAUUUGUUUUUAUUUAAAGCUAAAUCUACAUAAAAUUAAUUAGAGAAAUAAAUAUAAAAAAACGAAAUCAAAUAAGAGAAAAUUCAGAAAAAAAUUUUUUUUUUAACUUUUAAUUGAAAAAUAAAAUCGUGAACAUGUGCGCCAAUAAGAAUAUAUCUUUUCAAAUGAAAAAUUUAGAUAAAAUAUGAAUUUAAAAUUGAUGAAAAAAAAACAAGAAAAUAUAAAGAAAAGCAUUUGAAGGAGAUAUAAAAUUGUUGAUAGAGAAAUUAUGAUUAUAAUCGAAAUAAAAAGUACAAUAAAAAUACAAAAA